AUGGACUUUGCUCCCUACCAAUCCUCCCCGCCGGAGCGCGAACGAGCCCUCUCCCCGCCCCUCGCGUCGCCGCGCGCCUCGGCCGACAUUCGAAGACCCUUUUCGCCGUACGGCCAGCCGUCACCCCCGCCCUUGCAACACCCGCAGCCGCAGCGCGGCUGGCAACCGAACCUGCCAGGGUCCUACCCCACGGCGGACGCACACCGGGAGGGCGUGAGCGAGUUCGAUACGAGUCUGGGGAUCAGACUGGACUACGAGGCUGCGCUGGCGUAUUUGGCGUUUCCGCCGCUGGGUGCGAUAUUGUUGUUGAUUGGGGAGCGGAAUAGUGAUUAUGUGAGGUUUCACGCAUGGCAGUCGGCGCUGCUGUUCACGGCCGUCAUGAUCUUCCACCUGGUGUUCCUCUCAUGGUCCAAGUUCCUGAGCUGGUUCUUCUUCAUCGGCGACCUGUUUGUCAUGGUGUGGCUGGCGUUGAAGGCGUACCAAGAUGCGGAUACGCUAGAUAGAUUCGAGGUUCCCGUACUUGGCGCGCUGGCCAGCCGGAUCCUUGAUGACGAAUGA